AUGACAUCUUCGCCUGCUAUUCAAAUCAACGGCUCAUCUUCCAAUGCCAACGGGGGUUUAUCACUCUUGGAUAAACUCAAACAGCGAUAUGAAGAAGCUGGUCAAUCACACGUUUUCACUUUUUACUCCAAACUAUCAUCAGAGGAACAAAACAACUUGUUAAACCAAUUGAACGACAUUGACGUCAAUCGGGUUAAUCGAAUAUACAUGAACGCCGUUGCUGCUGAAGGUGACGGUGCUCAUACACCUUCUAACGAGGAUAAUAUCAAUUACGAUGAUACCCUCGUUCCAGGCCUAAACAAUCUUUUGGGUAGAUCCAGAACACCUACUCCCAGACCUCCCGAGGAAGUUCUCCCCCUUCCAGAGGAAGCUUGUGCUAGUAUUUUGAAUAAUCCAGAGGAUGAGAAGAAAUGGAGAGAGAUAGGUUUAAAGGCUAUAGCGAAUAAUCAGGUUGCCGUAUUGCUCAUGGCUGGUGGUCAAGGAACGAGAUUGGGUUCUUCAUUACCAAAAGGAAUGUACGAUAUCAAGUUACCUUCUGGGAAGAGCUUGUUCGAAUACCAGGCUGAACGAAUAGGUAAACUAGCAAAGGUAGCAGAAGAGAAGGAAGGUAAAGAAGAUGGAUCGGUGAGAAUCAAAUGGUAUGUCAUGACUUCAGGACCAACACGGGGUGAAACGGAAAAGUAUUUCAGAGAGAAGAAUUUCUUUGGCUUGAAAGAGGAAGAUGUGAUCUUCUUCGAACAGGGCGUCCUACCCGCUCUAAGCGAAGAUGGUAAACUCCUUCUUUCCACUCCUUCAUCCCUCUCAGUUGCUCCAGACGGUAACGGUGGCCUCUACGCUGCGCUACGUCGACCCCUCUCCCCAGAUUCCCCUCGAACAGUCUUAUCCGACCUCAAAUCACAGGGUAUCGAAUACAUCCACGCCUACUGCGUCGACAAUUGUCUAGUCAAAGUGGCCGAUCCGGUAUUCAUCGGAUGCUGUAUCGAUCGUAAAUCUCAAGCUGGAGCUAAAGUCGUCCGGAAGACAGUCCCCACCGAAUCAGUCGGUGUAUUAGCUGCCAAAGGAGAUGCGUUUGCAGUAGUUGAAUAUUCAGAAUUAUCAAAAGAAAAAGCUGAAGCUAGAACUCCUGAUGGUCAAUUGGCGUUCAGAGCGGCCAAUAUAGCUAAUCAUUUUUACACGAGGACUUUCCUAGAAGGUGUAGAAGCGAUGGAAAGGAAAAUGGCAUUUCACAUUGCACGUAAAAAAAUACCUACGGUCAACUUGCAAAAUGGCGAAUUGAUCAAGCCGAGUGAACCAAAUGGAAUGAAAUUGGAAUUAUUCGUUUUUGACGUAUUUCCAUUUACGAAAUCACUUUGUGUGUUAGAAGUUCAAAGAGAAGAAGAAUUCAGUCCGUUGAAGAAUGCUCCUGGAUCAAAAGCAGAUUGUCCAGAGACUUCCCGAAGGGAUUUGUUAGCUCAGCAAAAGAGGUGGUUAGUGGAUAAUGGAGCGGAGCUUGGGGAAGGUGUGGAAGUGGAAGUUACACCGAAGAUUAGUUACGCUGGUGAAGGGUUGGAGUGGGUGAAGGGAAAAAAGUUUGUCAAGAGUGGGGUGUUGGCGAGUAAAGAGGAUUUGAAAGAUUUGACUGAGUAG